AUGAAGUUUUUAGUUGAAGAAGAUCCGUUUCUCAGGUUCUCGUUGUUCUCAGGUUCCGAUAAUUUGUACCUUUUGCAUGCUCAUGAGAUCUUGGGAGCGUUUGUCUUUUAUCAAUUGAUAUAUGCAUACUUCGCACCUUGGUUCAAUAGACUGGUGUUUCGGGGUGGAUAUACGUCAAUUGGGGACCGCAAGACUAAAAUUAAUUUCGACAUUCAUACAGUUUCGAAUGUGCAAUGUGUAAUCACUUUCUGGUCGAUUGCACCAACGCUGUUGUUGCCCAUGAACUUGAGUGUUGUCUCGUACCAGAAUGAUUUGGCUUCGAUGGCCUCAGCAUUAGCGGUAGGUUAUUUCCUGUGGGACCUUUUCAUUUGCAUGCGUUACUAUAGCCUGUAUGGAUUCGAAUUCUUGGCGCACGCCCUGAGUUCACUGUAUGUGUUUACUCUGGGGUUGAAACCCUUCUGCCAGUCCUGGAUUGGAAAAUUCCUACUCUUCGAAGCCAGUACACCUUUUGUGAACAACAAUUGGUUCAUAGCGCAACUCUCUAAAAGCUCUUCCAAGUCCAUAGUGCCCGAAUGGUUUAAUAUCGUCAAUGGUGUGCUCUUGCUUGGCACUUUCUUCUCUGUGAGAAUUUUGUGGGGAUUCAUUGCAAUCUCUAUCCUGCUAUGUCAAAUGUGGAAAGAACGUCAUGAGAUCCCGUUAGCGCAAUCUGGCAUACUACUGUUACUGAACGUACUUCUCAACACAUUGAACCUAUUCUGGUUCAACAAGAUGCUACGGCUGGCCAAGAAAAUGGUUUCUCGUUCUUCAGCGAGUGCCAAGAACAUGUAA